AAACAGUUCAUGCACAUAUCCCAACGAGUCUCUACAGCAGACUUAGCGUCGAGAACAUUUGGCCCAUUACCCAGACGAGACCAACAGUCCAAGGUGCAGACACAUUAUGCAGCGCAGCUCAUGCUAAGGGCGCUUUCCCGUGUCCCUGUCUACGAGACAAUCACAAUAUGCUGUCCAUACUUCGCAAAGCUCGCUUGAAGGAUAAGGAAUUGCGAAUAUUGAUGCUGUACCAAACGUCUCCUCUCUUCGAGUGUCAGCAAUGCUAAUUCAGGAAAAGAGGAUUGGAUAAUGCCGGGAAAACUACCAUAGUCAAGAAGAUCAUGAACGAGGAUGUCAACACCGUCAGUCCGACUUUAGGAUUUAUCAUCAAGACGAUUGAUUUCCACGGUUACAAGCUCAAUAUUUGGGACGUCGGAGGGCAAAAGACCAUCAGAUCCUACUGGAGAAACUAUUUCGAAAAGACAGAUGCCCUCAUUUGGGUGGUAGAUGCCACUGACAAGCUGCGCAUAGAUGACUGCAAAGCUGAGCUCAAGGGUUUACUGCAGGAAGAGCGUUUAGCCGGGGCGAGUUUGUUAGUGUUUCUGAACAAGACAGAUGUGGCUGGUGGGAUGGACGAACAAGAGGUCACAAGAGUCCUGGAACUGGAGAGAAUAUUGACGCAUCGAUGGGUGGUGGUGUCUUGCAGUGCCAUGACAGGAAAGAAUCUGGAAACUGGACUAGACUGGGUUGUUCAAGAUGCCAGAGACCGGCUGUUCUUGUAUUAACGAGGUUGCCAUGUCUACUGUUCCUCUCUUGUGUCCGUACAACUACUCGUAGACAGUAGAACGCCAUGUUUGAGA